AAGAGUGUGACCACACUUGUGCGUGAAAAUAGUAAAUAAAAUAAAUAAAUUUUCAAUUAAAUAUAAAAAAUAUUAAAAUAUUAUCAUAAUGUCGGCCGAUGUACGUGAUAUUUUGGACAUGGAGCGUGCCAAUACGCCCGAAAUCACUAGGGACUCCUUUCUAGCCACCAAAAAGCGCAAUUUCGAACGUCCCAAACCCAACUCCCGGCGUCCCGAGGGUAUGCACCGUGAGGUGUUUGCCCUCCUGUAUACGGAUAAGAAGGAUGCUCCACCCUUAUUGCCCACUGAUACGGCUCUAGGAAUCGGAGCUGGCUACAAACAAGCCAAGGCCCGGCUUGGCAUGAAGAAAGUGAGAAAAUGGGAAUGGGCGCCCUUUUCGAAUCCGGCGCGUAAUGAUAGUGCGGUCUUUCAUCAUUGGAAACGAGUCAGUGAUGAGAGUACCGACUAUCCAUUUGCCAAGUUUAAUAAGCAGCUGGAGAUCCCCUCCUAUACGAUGACCGAAUAUAAUGCCCACUUAAGGAACAACAUGCAAAACUGGAGCAAAGUGCAAACGGAUCAUCUAUUCGACUUGGCCAGGCGGUUUGACUUGCGCUUCAUUGUCAUGGCGGAUCGUUGGAAUCGUCAACAGCACGGAACCAAAACUGUGGAAGAACUCAAGGAACGUUAUUAUGAAGCAGUUAGCCUUUUAGCCAAGGCAAGGAAUCAAACAAACGAAAGAAAGAGUUUCACCUACGAUGCCGAACAUGAAAGAAGGCGCAAGGAACAACUAGAGAAACUCUUUAAGCGCACCACCCAACAGGUGGAGGAGGAACAGAUGCUCAUCAAUGAAAUGAAAAAGAUCGAAGCACGCAAAAAGGAACGUGAACGCAAGACUCAAGAUCUUCAGAAACUCAUCUCCCAGGCCGAUCAACAGAAUGAGCACGCCUCGAAUACGCCCAGUACAAGGAAAUAUGAAAAGAAACUUCACAAAAAGAAGGUCCAUCAUCAGCCGCGUCCCUCUAAAGUGGAUUCCGUGGUGAAUGCCAUUGAGAUAGGUAGCUCGGGCAUUAAAUUUGCGGAUCUACGCGGUUCGGGUGUUUCACUGCGCUCUCAGAAAAUGAAAUUACCUGCAAAUAUAGGACAAAGAAAGGUUAAGGCUCUCGAACAAGCUAUACAAGAAUUUAAAGUUGAUCCCGCUCCUCCGCCUACAGAAGAUAUAUGCACAUCCUUCAAUGAUUUACGUUCGGAUAUGGUUUUACUCUGCGAAUUACGCACUGCCUUGUCCACUUGUAUUUAUGAAAUGGAAAGUCUUAAACAUCAGUAUGAAGCAGCCUGUCCGGGCAAGACUCUAAAUAUACCACCUUCAUUGGUUCCGAUUAAGACAGAAACUCUGGAUACUAGUACUGCGGGAAAUUAAUUAAAUUUUUCAGCUAAUACUUAAGCAAAGCAUUGCCCCAUAGCCUCAUCCAAUUCCAAUUCCAAUGAUGCGUUUUGUGUAUGCUCGGUGCGUGUGUGUGCCGAGUGCUAAUCAUUUGUAACCCGUUUUUCUUUUUAUUCUUCUUACUCACCAUAUUUGUACAUUUGCGCUACUCCCAGACAAGCUGAGAAGAAUAAACGGUUCAACUACAACAAGAA